CCGAAAGAUCCAAAUCAAUCAAUCAAAAUCCCACCUUGAAGCUGAAAAAAACUCUUAAGAUCCAAUAUGUCGACGAGAGAGAGGACCAGACGUGAAUUGCCUCCCGUUCAAGAGCAUAUUGAUAAAUUGAAGAAAGUGGUUGAGGAAGGUAAUGGCUAUGGAGCUUUGCAGAUGUACAAAUCCAUCAGUGCCAGAUAUGUUACAGCUCAGAGAUUCUCUGAAGCUCUUGAGAUACUCUUCUCUGGGGCAUGCGUUGAGCUAGAACACGGCCUGGUGAAUUGUGGAGCGGAUCUUGCUAUUUUGUUUGUUGACACAUUAGUUAAAGCUAAGUCACCUUGUAAUGACGAGUCUCUUGAUCGUAUCAGGUGUAUGUUCAAGUUGUUUCCUAGGGUUCCUGUACCACCUCAUUUGGUUGAUGUGAGUGAUGAUGAAGAUGUUCAUAAUCUUCAAGAAUCUCUUGGGGAAGCUAGAUCAAGAGUAGAUAACUUGACUUCCUUCUUGAGAGCUGCUAUAAGAUGGUCUGUGGAGUUUGGUGGGCCAAGCACAGGGUAUCCUGAGUUGCAUGCUAUGCUGGCUGAUUAUCUUUACACCGAGUGUCCUGAACUUGACAUGGUUCGAAUAUCAAGGCAUUUUGUUAGAGCCGAUGACCCUGAGAAGUUUGCAUCUACGCUGAUCAACUUCAUGGGAAGGUGUUAUCCUGGUGAAGAUGAUGUUGCCAUUGCACGAGCAGUUCUUAUGUAUUUAUCUAUGGGGAACAUGAAAGAUGCAAAUUUUCUGAUGGAUGAGAUUAAGAAACAAGCAGAGACCAAAAAUCUAGAGCUUUCAGAAUCAGACCUUAUCAAAUUCAUCACAUAUCUUCUGGAAACAUUGCAGAGGGAUGCAUUGCCUCUUUUCAAUAUGUUAAGAGUGAAAUUUAAGUCUUGCAUAGAUAGAGACUGUCUCCUUAACGAGUUGCUGGACGAGAUUGCAGAGAGAUUUUACGGAGUGCAGCGUAGGAAUCCUAUGCAAGGAAUGUUUGGGGACAUCUUCAAGAUGAUGGGUUAAGGAAGAAGAUAGAAGACGCUAAGAAGACUCGUUUCUUUUCUCCCAUUUUGAUUUUUGUAUUUGGCAAUGUUUCUAAUAAUGGAUAGAAUUCUCCAAUUUGUUUCUCUUUUUACUCAAAUGGGUAAGAGUUUUUGUUCUUGUAACAUUAUAUACAUUGUUUUCAUCAUUACCAUAUCUUCAGAAUAGACGAAAAGGAACUUUUUUUCUCAUUUUAUACUAAUGCAAACAGAGAGCAAGACA